AUUAGUUAUCCCCAAGUCUUCAUCUAUUCCAAAUGUAUGUAAUACGAUCAUUUUUGACGCAAACAAAAAUUAAAAUUUUGACGGAUGUAAUACUCCUGUGUAAUUUGUUUAAAAAUAUAAAUGGGAUUAAAGACGCCAGCACACCCCAAACUAGUAUAAAUAGCUGUACACUGCCACCUCAUCCAAGAUUUGGUGGAUGGACCGCCUUUCAAACAAAUCUUGCCCCAUCUGUGGGCGAUGCCGUGCCUGUGGGUACCAUUCUUGAAAUCAGUUGUUACUACGGUUACAAAUUAAAUGGUGGUGCGAUCAGUGCUUGCAUUCGGGGCCAAUGGAGACCCGAAGUGGGUCAAUGUUUACGUACUUGUCCUUCAUUACGUACCACCACUAUUACGACAGUUAGUUGUAUCUACAAAGGGGAAACUUUAGCGACUUGUUUGGACGUGGUUGAAGGAACGAGAGCACAUUUCCAAUGUUCCCCGUUUUAUGAAAUCCAAGGGCUGAACAAGUUUCCAGUAAGAAUAUGUUCCAGGGGACAGUGGAGUGGUGGUAUUCCAGAAUGCGUACCAGUGUGCGGUAAAAAAGGCAUUACAAAGGACCCUACUUUAAUUGUGGGAGGUUUCAACACAACGUCACUUGAAUACCCUUGGCAGACGGCCUUAUAUUUCAAAAGAACCAAAGUAUUAAUCUGUGGAGGAACACUACUGAGUCAAAAGACAAUCUUGACAGCUGCACACUGCGUCACAAACGACAAAGGUCAACUACAACCGAAAGAAAACUACAUAGUGGCUGUUGGCAAGUCUUAUCGCAGCUACAACGAUUCGAGGGACAACGCAGCUCAAUUUUCUUCAAUAGAAGAAAUGUAUGUUUCUAGACAAUACAAAGGGUACAUUCAACAUUACUUUGGAGACAUCGCAAUAAUAGUCGUAAAUACAACGUUCGUACUCUCGCUUAACGUUCAACCAGUUUGUGUAGUUUGGGAAAAAAAAUUCCAUCAGUCACUAGAAAAUAUCACCAGAGUGAACCAAACUUACGCAAGCGGUUGGGGCUUUACUUCCGAAAAUAAGAACCCUUCAGACGUUCUUAAAUCGUUGAAAGUUCCACUUAUAGGUAAAGAUGAGUGUGAACGCAGCUUGUCCGAAGAUGAUUUAGAGUACCUGACCGACGAUAAACUAUGUGCCGGUUUCUUAGAAUCUGGCAAAUCUGUGUGUAAGGGAGACAGCGGCGGGGGUUUGGUGACCAAACACGGUGGUAGAUACUACAUCAUAGCCGUCGUCAGUAUUGCUCCACAAUCGUCUACAGCUAUUGGUGGAUGUGAUAGUCAACAAUAUGGUUUGUACACCAGAUUUUCGUAUUACAUUGAAGACUUUUUAAUCGACGUAGAAGCCAGAUUUGCGCCGUCCGAACACCAUGUGUAUUGCACUAGCGAUGAUUGUUUCACUGCUUCUACAAACGCAUCAAUAACUUCUGCAAGAAGUGGCUGUAUAUUACCCGAUCAUCCCACGUUUGGCAACUGGUCCAUCCUUGGUGCAUCUUCCAAUCACUUUAUGCCAGGAACGUUGGUGGUACCAGGCACUGUUUUGAAAAUAGAGUGCAAGUUGAAUUAUACUCUGAGUGGCCACAGUAGUGUGUUUUGCGAGAAGGAAUUGUGGUCAUCCAAUGUUGGCGAGUGCUUAGCAGGUGCAGCACUCAACACCACUGCUGAAGAUUGUUUCCUGUCCAGCGCAUACGGUUGUUGUCCAGACAACCUCACAACAGCUACAGGACCCAACAAUGCAGGAUGUGGUUGCGAAUAUACGACACAUGGUUGCUGUCCCGAUGACAUAACUCCUGCGAGGGGUUCCAAUUAUACGGGUUGCGGGUGUGUGUCCAGUAAAAACUUUGAAGGUUGCGAAAUUGUUCCUGAAAAUUUGCAAGAGCGUUGUAGCCUGUCGAAAGAACGGGGGUCCUGUCGCAACCACUCUAUUAGGUGGUUCUUUGAUAUGGACUAUGGUGGGUGUUCUCGGUUUUGGUACGGCGGCUGCGAUGGUAACGCUAAUCGGUUUAAAACUCAGGAGGAGUGUGUUGGUAUAUGCGUCAACCCUGAGGGACUUGAUAGAUGCAAGCUUCCGAAGGUGUCUGGACCGUGCGAAAAGAAUCAUUCGCAAUGGUUCUAUGAAGCAGAGGGUAAACACUGCGCACAGUUCAUCUAUGGGGGUUGUUUGGGUAACAAUAACAGAUUCGAGACCAGAGAGGAAUGUCUUGCUCUUUGCGUGAAGAACGAUAGUGUUGGUAAGAAGAGUGGUUGAGAGUGGUUACAAAUAUCCUUAAGGUAUUACAGAUGUGUGAUCAAGACAAGAAGAAGAACUCUGCAAAAGUAACUAUUUAAUGUGUUGUCUAGUUUCCACGUAAACAAUUGUAGAUAUAUGUUGACAGUGUGUGUAAUUUAUUAAAUUAAGUUAAUUACAUUGUAAAAUUGAAAAUUUUUAAUAUAAAUUUUUCACUGAG